UCCACUCCACCCGCCCCAACCGCCCGCCACAAAUAUGCCCGCACACACAAAGAGGAGAAGCACAGAAAACAACAGAGGUUCCCUUCCUCCUCGUCCCGCCAUGAACGGAGCUCGCCUCGGCCGGGAGCGCCCGCGUUAGCGCGCCGCCCGGAGAGCCCUCAGGGGGUUUGCAGGCCCGGGGGUCGCUCCGGUGCCGGCGCCGGCGACGGGGCCGCGGACCGGCGAGGGCGUCGGCGCCGGCCCUCUAUAGCCCCAAAGCCCGUCGCCUCAUUCGCUCGCGAUUCGUUCCUCUCGCGGUUUCAUCUGAACUCAGGCCCGAACGCCACCAACGCUGCCAAAUUCCCACUUCGUUAAAGCGUCCGAUUUUAUCCGAUCUUGAAGGAUUCUGGAGUUCACUGAGGUGCGAGGAUUGCAGAUGUCCGGAGGAACAGCGCCGACUGUUUCAUCGGAAAUGCGGAUUCAUUUCGUUUGUUUUGCUUUGCGCAUUGUCUGCAACGGUGUCUGAUUUGCUGUUACUGGCAAUUACGGGUGGUCGAUGUGAUGUUAGAGGUCUCCUCCAUGUUGAAAAUGAUGACUGAGAGUAUCAAACCUGCAGAAGCUGACCUGGUUAAUUCUAGCAACAGAAAGAUAUUCGUGCAGGAAAACUCAAAGUUGCCCAACAAGGCUGUCACUUUUUCGAUGAAUAUGACCGAGCAACAAGAGAAUCCGUUACAAGCAGAUUUGAUGGCACAAAGGUCGCGUUUCAGAAACCUAAAGUUGGAAGAGGGGACAAGGAACAAUCCCUUUGAAGUGAGCAUCGUGGAGAGAAGCAAGACGAAACCGUGGAGCUUGUGCAUGAAAACACCCCAAGCGGUGUCAAAUAGCUCUACGGCUUAUGAUCUGCUCGGCAAUGGCCUCGCUGAUCUUAGUCAAGCCAGUCUCCUGCCAAAUAUUGGUUUGGCAGGUGAAAACUGUGUACUGGGAAAUGGUAAUAAGUUUUGUGAAUAUUCCGUGCAUGAAGCAAAGUUGUCUGCUGAAAUGAAGCCAAAGCUACUUGAGCAGCUCUCGGGCAAGGGUGAAGCAAUGAUGGAAUAUUCCUUUAGAAGACAGCAUCAUGGAAUAUUCCAUUUUUCCCCGGCACGGCCACGUUUUCUCCAUCGAAGGAAACUUCUAAUUCUUGAUAUAAAUGGGCUUCUUGCAGAUAUAGUUUCUCCUCCUCCCAAGGACUAUAAAGCAGACAUAAAUAUUGCUAGACGGGCAGUUUUCAAGAGACCCUUCUGCGUUGAUUUUCUGAAGUUCUGCUUUGAAAGAUUUGAUGUGGGCAUAUGGUCAUCAAGAAACAAGAAGAAUGUGGAAAGAGUGGUUAAUUAUCUUCUGGGAGAUAUGAAGCAUAAGCUGCUUUUUUGUUGGGAUCUCUCACAUUGCACUGCUACAAGGUUUAGAACACUAGAAAACAAGCAUAAGGCCUUGGUUUUUAAGGAAGUCAGGAGACUAUGGGAGAAACAUGAGUCUAGCCUUCCAUGGGAAAAGGGAGAGUACGAUGAAUCAAAUACGCUGUUAUUAGAUGAUUCCCCUUAUAAGGCCUUGCUCAACCCUCCCAACACUGCAGUCUUUCCCAACUCUUACAAGUUUCAGAAUGAGAGUGAUGUUUCCUUAGGUAAUGGAGGCGACCUUCGUGUUUAUCUGGAAGAGCUAGCUGCAGCCAAUGAUAUACGGCAGUAUGUGGCACAACAUCCAUUUGGUCAAACAGCAAUUUCUGAAGAAAGUAAAUCUUGGCGUUUCUACCUCAAAGUCGUGAAUACAGUAACGCCACCAGAUCACCCAUACUUCUCAGCUCAGGCUCGUCCAUGACUCUUUGUUUUGAUCAGCUGUGAUGCAGAUGGUUGGGAAUCCGUGUCCCGUCAUCCAAGUUCUUUGAGACAACUUCUUACAUGCCAAAUCAUCGAGUCUCGUUUAUGCUUCGUGCAUGAAUUGUGCCGAUGUGGUCGCUCUGAAGUAAAGUGCUCAGGUGGUCUUCUAAUUUCAAUUUUCUUUUUUGUUCAUGCCGUAACUAUAGACUCGUUGAUCGAAGAAUAUGGUGAGAAGAGUACCUGCUUUGGAAGUUACAGUUAACUUGAUUUGCAACAUAGAUUGAUUUAUUCUCGUUGACUGCACGGAGCUCUAAUCAUUGAAGAAUGAAGCAAUUACAGAAAAGAGUCUUUUUUGUUUUUUGUUUUCUUAGUUUUUCGGUAGUGAGAGUAGCCAUUUUGAUUGGUUUGGCAGGAUCAACAGCAUGUCGACGCCUUAUGAACAUUCACAUUUGGUUGUAUAUUCUGGCUGCUGGUAAUUUUUCUUACACUUGAAUACUUCUCUAAAUGGAAGUUCUCACUUUGAGUUUGGAA